AUGAAGGAAAAGCUCUCAGCCACACGACCACCCACCUUUACCGCCCUCAACCGUGACAUCCUCAUCAAAAACCAGCGACAGGAAACACCAAUAUCAACAGCAACAACUACAACAACAUUAUUGUUGUCAAGCAACAUUCAAAAAAACAAUAGCAACCAAAUGGCAAAGGCAGGAACUGUAGCAAAAACAGCAGUCAGUCAAACUGAAGGUCAAACUCAACGUCAAACUCAACGUCAAAGUCAAGGUCAAACUCAAGGUCAAACUCAAGGUCAAAGUCAAGGUCAAACUGAACGUCAAACUCAAGGCCAAACUCAAGGUCAAACUGAAGGUCAAACUCAACGUCAAACUCAACGCCAAAGUCAAGGUCAAACUCAAGGUCAAACUCAAGGCCAAACUCAAGGUCAAAGUCAAGGUCAAACUCAAGGUCAAACUCAAGGCCAAACUCAAGGUCAAACUGAAGGUCAAACUCAAGGUCAAACUCAAGGCCAAACUGAAAGUCAAACUCGAGGUCAAAGUCAAGGUCAAACUGAAGGUCAAACUCAAGGCCAAACUCAAGGUCAAACUGAAGGUCAAACUCAACAUCAAAGUCAAGGUCAAACUCAAGGUCAAACUCAACAUCAAAGUCAAGGUCAAACUCAAGGUCAAACUCAAGGUCAAACUCAAGGUCAAACUCAAGGCCAAACUCAAGGUCAAACUGAAGGUCAAACUCAAGGUCAAACUCAAGGCCAAACUCAAGGUCAAACUGAAGGUCAAAGUCAAGGUCAAACUGAAGGUCAAACUCAAGGUCAAACUGAAGGUCAAACUCAACGUAGAAGUCAAGGUCAAACUCAAGGUCAAACUGAAGGUCAAACUCAAGGUCAGAUGCAAGGUCAAACUCAAGGUCAAACUCAAGGCCAAACUCAAGGUCAAACUGAAGGUCAAACUCAACGUGAAAGUCAAGGUCAAACUCAAGGUCAAACUCAAGGGCAAACUCAAGGUCAAACUUAA